AUGAUUGCUGAGACAGUCAACGGUACAAUCGAUGACAUGGUCAACAACAACAGCCAUGCUGCUCAUUUAGCAUCCGGGCAUGUUUCCCACAUUAUGGCUAGUGGUGCUACCCCUUCAUCCAACAAUAGCCCCGAGCAUGUUAUCGUAAAUGGAUCGGCAAAUGCUGCUACAACAAAUGAGGCUUCUCGUGGAAAUCCCCUUGCAAACAGUAACACUGGAGGCCUUGGUGGCUCAGGGAUUAGCAAUCGCCUUCCCAAUGGUACACAGCGUAUCGCUACUCAGCAUACUCAGAGCGGCAACUCUGGCAGUGGAGGACAGACUAGCUUCUUGUCUCCUCCCCGUGGUCGCUCAUCGGCAUCUCAGCCGGGUAGCCAACAUUCUGUUCGCUCCCACCCUGUUACUGGUGGUCAACAGUUCUAUACCCCUAUUGGGGUUUCCCAGACCAAUGUUUACAACCCCAACUUGCCUCAGAGUGUUUCCUACAAUUCGGGUCUUUCUCUUGCAAGCCCCAGUCACACUCCGCAACACUACGGCGGACAUCGCAUGAGUGCUUCGCAGUCUACUCCCAACUCGGGGCCUGACCAGUAUUUGACAGAGCCGCGAAAUUACGCACCACGAUUAUCCGCCCACGGUAUCAACAGCUUACCUCCUCCUCCUCGAUUCGACUUGGGUCUGCAGGGUACUCCUAUGACACAUGAGUCCGCCCCCCAGGACCCUUUUGGUAGCCCCGAACGUGCUGAACCUACUGCGUUGAUUCCAUUCCCGAAUCUGCCUCCGCCCGCUGUACAGCAGGCCAUGCUCACAGCCCCUAUGGCCGGGCACUUCACCAGCAACAUGUCGCCUGAGCUAUCCCAGUUGGUAGACACUCCCUCAGGUCUUCCCACCCUUGAGACUGCAAUGAAACCUGAGUUCUUUCCUUUUGCAAGCAGCCUUGGCUCUGCCAAAGCCUCUGUUGCCGGCGCUGUUCGUCUUAAGAACAUACCCUUCUCAACCAAGCGCGCCGAGAUUGUGGCCUUUAUCGGCCGCAAUAGCCGUAUGUUGCCGGAUGUUGAAGAGCCCAUUCACAUAAUCAUGGACAGGGCAACGUCCAAGACCAUGGACGCCUUCGUGGAAUUUGUUACCAUGGAGGAUGCGAUGCGUUGUGCUGAGAAGCACCACCAACAUUCUCAGGCUGGCCGUGUGAGUCGUCUGGGAGAACGCUCCAUUGAGGUUGAGCUAUCGAGUCAGUCUGCUCUUAUGCAGGACCUCUUCCCUCUUGCCCACGGCGUGUUUUGGGACGGCGCAACUCCUAAGGUACUUCCCAACAACCAUCAAGAGCCUUGGGAGAAUUUCAAAGGCUUCAUCUCCCCUGAAGAGAUGGUCAUGCUCGUUAAGCAUGUUGAGGUGCCUCAUCGAUCUCCGUUCUCGAAGGAGUGUCCCCAGCGCCCCUACGAGUGCCUCAUAAGCACUCUCCGCAAGUUUCCCUGGUAUGCCGCUGACUACAUCACCAUUUCUCAACGGGGUGCGAUGUACAAGGCGACUAUCAAGCUCCUUCGUCUGCUCAGCAGAUCAGUCUCGCAGCAGGAUGAUCCUGUCAACCUCACCUCCCAACUUUUUCAGCGAGUUGUUCAGACUGCGAUGCAGUGUCAUGGCUUUACCGCCCUUCAGAAGGAUAACAUUGCCUUUAUGGUUCAGAUGAUCCCCAUGGAGCAGCAGCGCCGUCACCACCAGCCGGCCAACGCAAACUGCUGGGUUCACCAGUACGCCAUCACGCGAAAGCCCGGCGCUCCUCUCGACCUUGUUGAGUGGUACAUUCGACUGAUUCGUGAGCAGAGCACUCGUGAUGUCCUGGUCCGCCCUAUCCAUGAGCGUACCGUCAUCCAGGAAACACUCAAGGAAACUGAUGAGUACUGGGGUUAUUUCUUCAACGAGGUCAACUACAUUCAGGGUCCUCAGUUUGAUCAAAUGACUCUGGAACAGUGUGCCUACCUCGAGCUUUCAGCUAUUGAGCGAAUCCUUGGCCGCGCUCUCGGCUGCAACUAA